GGCAUGCAAGGAGGCGAUUUCAUGCUUUCAACCAACAUUCUUCUCUCUGGCAACAACCACAGAAAAAUCCAUCUCCUCUUCAAUUUUAUGUGUAUGGGAAUGGUGGCUGAGAGUACAUUUUUUGCCAUACAGUCUGAAUACUGCCUAAAGCCUGUUGAGGAGUUUUGGGAAGAGAGUAGAGAGAGGGUGUUGAACAGGCUUCGACAAAAGACUGAAGUAGUUGUACUUGGUGAUGGCAGAAUGGACUCCCCAGGUCACUGUGCACAAUAUUGUACGUACACUAUGAUUGAGCUUGAGACUCGUGAUAUUGUGCACAUUGUCAGCGAGGACAAAAGGAAGUGUGGGAGGAAUUCCGUCAUCUUGGAGAAAGUCUGUUUUGAAAGUACAAUGGACUGCCUUCUCAACGAAAUCCCUAUCAAAGAAGUAGUGACGGAUGCUCACAGACAAAUAUCUGCCUUGCUCGACCCAGUACGUGGAAAAUACAAGGAUUGGUCUUUAACUCAUUCGCUGGAUGUUUGGCAUGCUUCAAAAAAUCUUGGGAGGAAGCUCCGCGAAGCAGCAAAAGGCAAGGAAAAUUCUAUGCUGAUGCAUUGGGUCAAGGAUAUUGUGAACCAUUUCUGGUAUUGCUGUCAGCAUGCAACAACUGUAGAGCAGUUUAAGAUGCUGUGGCAUGGUGUACUACAUCAUGUACGCAAUGAACACACAUGGGCCACAGGGUUCUGUGAGCAUGAGCCAUUGGAUGACAGCAGUCGAGAAAAGCCAUGGAUACAGCAAGGUUCUGCUGCUCACCAGACCCUAACUGCCAUUGUUUUGAACAAACGCUGGCUGAAAGAUGUCAAAAAGUACAUUACAUUCAGGACUACCUCAGAUUUAGAGAGUUUUCAGAACCAUAUUCUGAUGUAUGCAGGGAAGCGCUUUGCCUACAAGUACAAAGUGUACAGAACCAGGGUUUUUCUUGCAGCAAUUGAUUACAACUACCACAAUGGCCGCGAGCAUAGACGCAACAGAAAAGGAGAAAAAAUGUAUGUAUUUUUACUGUAUACACUUUUUAAUUUAUUAUUGGAAGGGGAAUACUAUGUGGUAUUCUGUGUUUACAGUUACAGAAGGUACUACAACAAGAAGUCGAAAAACUGGAGUGUGCAUGUUACAAAAGAGGCCAAGACGUAUGCCUACAUUCCCGACCUGCAGAAGGCAAUUCUCAGGAAAAGAUUAGAAAGUGGGUCAGGCAUUCCUCGAAGAAGAACUCUUUCUCAAGAUGACCCUGAGCGCCUUGGGCUGGUUGGCACAGCAGAGACACCACCCCCCACUGCUGAACUUGUGGCAAGACACAUUUCUCGGGGAGCAAUGGCUCUAGUAAUGGAAGACUAAAACUGAACAAAAACUGUUACAAAACAAACAUUGUUUCUUUAUUUGAAUAAAAUAAAAUAUUGAAUAUUAUAACUUUUACACUGUGCAUAGUAUUC